AUGGGUGUGCGCUUUGACCAGCUGCGGCCCUCCACCUCUGCCCUCGGCAACAGCAGCCCAGUGCGGAAGGCUGUCAGCAUCAACAAGGCUAUCAACACACAGGAGGUCGCUGUCAAAGAGAAACAUGCCAGGACUUGCAUCCUGGGGACCCAUCAUGAAAAAGGCGCCCACACGUUCUGGGCUGCCGUCAACCGGCUUCCCCUCUCCAGCAACGCCGUGCUGUGCUGGAAGUUCUGCCACGUCUUCCACAAGCUGCUGCGGGAUGGACACCCCAACGUGAUCAAGGACUCCAUGAGGAACAAGGCAGAUCUGGCUGAUAUGAGCAGGAUGUGGGGUCAUCUGAGCGAAGGAUACGGGAAACUGUGCAGCAUCUACCUCAAGCUGCUCAUCACUAAAAUGGAAUUUCACAUUAAAAACCCCCGUUUCCCGGGCAAUCUGCAGAUGUCCAACAGGCAGCUCGAUGAGGCGGGAGAGAACGACGUCAACAAUUUCUUCCAGCUCACGGUGGAGAUGUUCGACUACCUGGAGUGUGAGCUCAACCUCUUCCUCGGCGUGUUCAACUCUUUGGACAUGUCUCGGUCUGUGUCUGUGACGGCGGCAGGUCAGUGUCGUCUGGCUCCCCUCAUCCAAGUCAUCCUAGACUGCAGCCACCUGUACGACUACACCGUCAAGCUGCUCUUCAAGCUGCACUCCUGCCUUCCAGCCGACACUCUCCAGGGCCACAGAGAUCGCUUCCAGGAGCAGUUUAAGAAGCUUAAGAGUCUCUUCUACCGCUCAAGUAACCUGCAGUAUUUCAAGAGGCUGAUUCAGAUCCCACAGCUGCCUGAGAACCCCCCAAACUUCCUGCGUGCGUCCGCGCUGUCGGAGCACAUCAGCCCCGUGGUCGUGAUUCCCGCUGAGUCUUCUUCUCCAGAGUCGGAACAUGUGGUGGAAACGGACGACCUGGUGGACACGGACGUCCCCUCUCUGCCGGCUCCCUCGGAGGUCAAGUUUGACGACUUGUUCGGCACUUCGGCCGCAAUCGAUCCGUUUAACUUCAACAGCCAGAACGGCAUGCGGAAAGAUGACAAAGACCGUCUGAUCGAGCAGCUGACCAGGGAGAUCCAGGCCCUCAAGGAGGAGCUGGAGUCUUUUAGGCUGGAGAGCGGCCGGCUGUGUCAGGCUCUGAGGGGGCGCGUCAACGAGCUUGAAGCGGAGCUCGCCGAGCAGAGCCACCUGAGGCUGCAGGCCGUAGGGGAGAGCGAGUUCCUGAAGGCGGAGCUGGAUGACCUGCGGAGGGCCAGGGAGGACACGGAGAAAGAGCAGCGGAGCCUGACGGAGAUCGAGAAAAAAGCUCAGGCCAACGAGCAGCGCUACACCAAGCUGAAGGAGAAAUACACAGAACUGGUUCAGAGUCACGCCGACCUGCUGAGGAAGAACGCAGAGGUGACCCGGCAGAUGACUGUGGCGCGGGCGGCUCAGGAUGAGGUGGAAGAGGUCCGGAGGGAGAUGCAGGAGAAGGUGAAGGGAGCACAGGAGGCUGCGGACAGACAGGAGAGGGAGCAGGUCAAGCAGCUCCAAGAGCUGCAGAGGGAGCUGGUUUCCACCCAGGCUGAACUGGACUCCCUGAAGACCACCAUGGCCUCUUCUCAGCAGAGUUCAAGCGAAGUGCUCAGCACCCAGCUGGUCGCCCUGGAGUCUGAGAAGGCAGAGCUGGUGCAAACUUUGUCGAAGGUGGAGGCGGAGCUUGCAGUACAGGGGGAGGAGCUCCAGCGUGUCCAAAGCUCCCUGGCUACUGAAAGGGAAAGCGGGGUGAAGACGGCAGAGGCCCUGCAGAAUCAGCUCAACGAGAAGGAGAGCAGGGAGCAGGCAUUGGAGAGUCAGCUGGUAGCGGCUCGAUGGUCCAGUCUGCAGGGAGCGGUGGAGGAGGCAGAGAAGAUCAUCCAGGACUCAUUAGCGCAGAUAGAUGAUCCAGCGCACAUCAGCUGCACAAGCUCUGCAGACUAUCUUGCAUCUAGAUGUCGGGCAUCUUUAGAGUCUAUGGACAAUUUGCAGAGAGCUAGAGAAGCCUUCUUGACUGACAACACAGCCGUGCUGGAGCUGGUGCGAGUGGUGACCCAGUGUGGCCACCUGGUGGGCGAUACCAUCGUUCAGGGCAGCGCCACCUCCCACAUGGUUCCUGUGGAGCAAGCAGAGGCGCUGUCAGAGAGCGUGAAGACGUGCGGAUCGGAAGCUCUGGCUCUGCUGGGACAGAUGAAGCAGCAGGACAGCCUUGCUGCUGCCGACGGCAACAAGCUGAGGACGGCGCUGGAGGCCAUCCUGACCACAGCGGAGAAACUGCGCCCGAGGGGUUUGGAGCUGCAGCAGGGGGAGCUGGGAGAUCUGGUGGAGCAAGAAAUGGCUGCCACUUCCGCCGCUGUGGAGUCCGCGGCUGCCAGGAUAGAGGAAAUGCUGAACAAGUCCCGAGCAGUUGAUACAGGAAUCAAGAUGGAGGUCAACGAGAGGAUCCUGGCUUCCUGCACAGAGCUGAUGCAGGCCAUCAAGGCACUGGUUCUGUCCUCUAAAGAUCUGCAAAGGGAUAUCGUGGAGAGUGGAAGGGGGGCAGCCUCCAUGAAGGAAUUUUAUGCUAAGAAUUCCCGCUGGACUGAGGGCCUGAUCUCUGCCUCCAAGGCGGUUGGAUGGGGCGCUACAGUCAUGGUUGAUGCUGCCGACAUGGUGGUUCAGGGAAAAGGAAAGUUUGAAGAGCUGAUGGUGUGUUCACAUGAAAUAGCAGCCAGCACUGCACAGCUAGUGGCUGCUUCCAAGGUAAAAGCAGAUAAAGACAGCUCCAACCUGCAGCGCCUGCAGCAGGCGUCCCGCGGGGUCACCCAGGCAACCGCCGCUGUCGUGGCCUCCACCAAGUCUGGGAAAUCCCAGAUCGAAGAAACAGAAACGAUGGACUUCUCCAGCAUGACUCUGACCCAGAUCAAGCGGCAGGAGAUGGAUGCUCAGGUUAUGGUUCUGGAGCUGGAGACCCGUCUGCAGAAGGAGCGGGAGCGUCUUGGGGAGCUGAGGAAGAAGCAUUACGAGCUCGCUGGUGUAGCAGAGGGCUGGGGCGAGGAAGGGGAAGGCACGGGAUGAAACCCUCGUCUUCCUCCUCUCAUAGACCUGAUUUCCUCCGCCUCCGUUUAUUUAUAGACAUCCUUCUCCAUCUUUUCCUCUCAUCCGCUCACAUUUAUCUGCUUGUUUAUAUCCAAGCCGAAGAAAAGGUGCUUCUUUUUUUGAAAUCCCCGCUCCUCACACGCCUGCCCUCCGUCUGUGGAUGUGCCGUUCCAUCCAGACAGAAUCCGCCGCAGCGACCCAAGUUUUCCGUCUCCCCGUUUUAUUGACCGCGGGGAGUCACAGAGGAUGUAAUACGAGCACAAGGUGGGAGUGGAUCAGCGGCUGCUCCUCCUCCUCAGCUGCUGCGUCUCCUCUCUGUUCAUCAGUGUCUGAUUCAGAUAGAGGAGCCGCGCGGCUCCGUUCCAGUCUCUUCCUAUUCUGUUCUCACUGUGAGUUAAUCACCUUUUUAAGUCCGUACGGCCUCCACGCCGGAGGCCUGCCCUCGGACUUUCUGCCUUUCACGUCCUCGCCAUUGUAACGACCGUGACUGUUAACCUAAAAAGAA